AUGGUGGCUGCCGAUCCUCCCAGAGUAGUCUCGUCGGCAGAGGUGCUUCCCGCGCUCCGAACUGCCGGGGCUUGCAUCCUGGAAGGUGCAGGCAGCUCCAGGGAAGAGGCCGCGGCUCUGCCUGAAGAAAUCUUCGGUGCAGUUCUCGCGGCGGCACCGGAACCCGCGGAGGUCUCGGAGAAAACUUUGGGACCCCGUGGCAUCCGCAAGGAUGACGCCUUCCGAGCGCACACUGACGGCCAUGCCUACGGGGACCUCUUCCCGGACUACUUCCUUUUGCUCUGCGCUCAUGCCAGCUCGAAGGGAGGUGGUAACUUUGUCAUCGAUGGCUACCAAAUCCUUGAUGGAUUAGCAGAGGAUGCUGAGAACUCUUGGGUAGUGAAGGCACUGGAGGAAAGGGCCGUUGAUCAGACUUCCCGACUGCCCAGUAUUUCGCCUGUGGUUCUGCGAGCACCUGACGGGCGGCGAGCCCUUCGGUGUCGCUUGUCUGGUCCGCCGGCAGCUUUUGCAGCACAGAGGGUGAGCCAUGAUUCUGACGACCCGGAGAAAGAUGCACGCAUGUUGGCGAUUUACCAUCAAGCGGUAGAGAAGGCAGCGGAAGCAGCCGACAGGAUCUACUUGCGGCCAGGUGAUGCGCUGGUGGUGGACAACUACCGCAUGUUCCACGGCCGUGAUCCUUACGUAGAUCCGGAUCGCUUGUUGUGGCGGUGCUGGAUCUGGACCACAGCUGCGAGGGGCGUCCCAGACACCGAACUGCACUCCACCCCAGGCAACACGGCGGGGGAAGUGCGCCCCGACGAGGCACCCUUCAAAAAGCAGAGGCUGGAGAAGGCCACCACGAAGCAAUGGAGGCGAGACCUGAUGAGGUCCGACCAGUACUACAAGUUUGGCAGGACCCAGAUGGAGAAUGCCAUGAAUCAGCUGCAGGAGGUCAGUGGCAGCGAGCUGCUGACCAAGAUUCGGCAGAAUGGCUUCCGCCUGACUGUCGGCGACAUCACCUUCGUGUUGGCGGAGUCCUAUGGCUUCUGCUGGGGCGUGGAGCGAGCGGUCGCCAUGGCCUACGAGGCUCGAGAUUUUUUCCCAGACAAGAACAUUUGGGUGACGAAUGAGAUCAUUCACAAUCCGUCGGUGAACCAGAAUCUCUCCGAUAAAGGGAUGCGCUUCGUGGAGACAACGAAGGAUGGGGGCAAGGAUUAUUCCGAUGUGGAGGAGGGGGAUGUUGUCAUUCUGCCCGCCUUCGGUGCGUCCGUCGACGAGAUGGCACUGCUGAAAGAGCGCAAUGUUCAAAUCGUGGACACCACCUGCCCAUGGGUUUCCAAGGUCUGGGCUUCAGUCGAGCGCAGCAAGGACAAGGAUCAUACUGCUAUCAUCCACGGAAAGUACGACCACGAGGAGACUGUGGCCACCAAGUCCUUCGCAUCGAAGUACAUCGUCCUGAAGAACAUGGCAGAAGCGGAGUACGUUGCAGCCUACGUGCUGGGAGAGGGCAACAAGGAGGAGUUCAUGGCCAAGUUCAGCAAGGCCAUGAGCCCGGGCUUCGACCCCGAUGUGGACCUGGAUCGGGUCGGUGUGGCCAAUCAGACCACCAUGCUCAAGGGCGAAACCGAGCUCAUCGGCAAGCUCUUCGAGCGGGUCAGCGCAAUCUUUAUGUGCAUUAAUUGA